AUGAGUAAAGCCGACAAGAAGGUAAUUAAUUUAAGCAUGAGCGGGCCUAGGGUUGUGCUGGUCACUGGUUGUGCAAAAGGUGGGAUUGGCUUUGAAUAUUGCAAGGCAUUUGCUGAGCAUAAUUGCCAUGUUGUUGCUUCUGACAUUCCUCAACGCAUCAGUGAAAUGUUGGAGCUUGAAUCAGAAAAUAUUGAGACUCUUGGGCUUGAUGUUUCAUCCAAAGAAAGUGUAUCUUCAGCAGUGAGCACAGUCGUAUCCAAGUAUGGUCACGUUGAUGUAUUGAUCAACAAUGCUGGGAUAGGAAGUACAGGUCCUUUAGCUGAGUUAUCAUUGGAUGUAAUAAGAAAAGCUUGGGAGAUUAACACACUAGGGCAAUUAAGAUUGGUGCAAAACGUCGUGCCAUUCAUGGCAUCUCGGGGCAGCGGUACCAUAGUGAAUAUAGGGAGUGUUGUGGGGAAGGUUCCUACACCAUGGGCAGGGUCUUAUUGUGCUAGUAAGGCAGCAGUCCAUGCCAUGUCCAACACCCUGCGUGUUGAGCUAAAACCAUUUGGAAUUAAUGUUGUGCUAGUGUUACCAGGGGCAAUAAGAUCAAAUUUUGGUUCUGCUAGCGUGGAGAGAUUAGGAAAUCAUGACUGGAAGCUAUACAAGGACUUCAAAGAGGCUAUCGUAGAACGAGCAAAGGCAUCUCAAGGUGGCAAGGCAACGGAUGCGACCAUAUUUGCAAGACAUGUAGCUAAGAAAGUGUUGAGCCCUAGACCGCCAAGGCAAAUUAUGUUCGGUCAUAUGACUGGUUUGUUUGCCAUGCUUUCUUGUUCUCCUCUAUGGGUUAGAGACCUUUUCUUUUCAACUCGAUUUAACCUAAAUAAAAAGGUGUAGUUAAGGGAGAAAUUAGUUAUCUUCCUCGGUCUAUUUCACUACUCACAAUUAAUUUCAGUUUUUUUUUUACUUUUUUAUUUUAUUUUGACAAACU